GUGUAAACACCUAGGUUAGAUAAUUGAUAUGUCGCGAUACCACAUAGUGAGACAGACGAUGGAAUUAGAAGAAAACGGCAUUGAUAUGGAUUCCGAUAACAAUCGGCGACACAGUACAAAGUCCAGCAUCGAACGGAAUUGGAAGGAGGUCGGCAGAGUGAUGAUGCGAGUCUGGCUCCUUCAGGUUUUUAAAAAUAGCCAGGCUUUUGAUCGGAUUGGAAAUCCUCUGGAGAUCGGUCAUAUGCUCGGGGCUUAACCUCAGCCUCAAUCACGAUCGACAGAUACCCAUAAGCCACCCCUUUUAAUACCAUAGAUUCGCUGUGAAGCUAGAAGGAAACCACCUGGGAGGAGGCUAGGAGGCUAACGGCUAGGCUUAACUAAGUAACGAGCACGUUGGGGAAAUGAUAGGAAAUGGGGUGGUCUUCUUAAGUGAGCGCGGUAUAAGGUAACGCCAGCGUUCAUGCGAUUCCUAAGAAGGAAGGCGGGCCGUGUUAGCCCCUGAAGAAGAUCCUGGUUCAGGUCCAAGCUUGCCGUCGAUUAUCUACUCCAAAUCUAUCGUGACCAUGUUGUGGGGGAAUGGAGAAACUACCCAAUACAGUAGCAUGGCGGGAAGGAUAUAAAAAUGAUGGAAGACCGUGAAGGUGGUGUCGAAAGAGCGAGAUCAGCCGUCCUGCAGCCACCUCAUCUAAGUCGAAAAGCCACCCAUCAAUAUGCCUAGCUUCGCCACCACAGGGUUGGCCUUACUGGUAGCCACUGCUACUCCGGUCGUGAAUGGCAACCCUAUUGAGCAUAUGCUAAAGCUUCUCACGACCCGGGAUCCACCGACGGCACUCCCAGAAAAAGCGACGGCCAAUGACAAGAAAUGGCAACCGGCGAUGGAUUUCGAUACUGAUGGGUGUUAUAACGUCCCUGCUAUCGGAGCGAACGGUGACAUAUGUCCCGGUCUCGAUCACGAAAACACCGGCCUGUCAAAGGACUGUCAUGACCUGUCGGAUCUGCAGAACAACAACGUGUACUCCAGGGCGCGGUGUAACAACGGAUUCUGCGCCUAUUUGUAUGACUACUACUUCGAGAAGGACGUUGCGAUUCCCAAUAUCGCCAUAGACCCAGGGCACCGUAACGACUGGGAGCACAUUGUCGUGUUUACCAAGAACAACGAAGCCGUCGCCGUCGCCGUGUCGCAGCAUGGCAAGUACCAGACCAAGGCCGCCAGCGAAGUCCGGUGGGAUGGUACGCAUCCUAAGGCGGUUUACAACAAGGACGGACUUGGCACUCACGACUUCCGAUUCGCGAAUGCGGGUGAUGAUAGCAUCGAGAACGACACAGGAAAGUGGUUUUACGGCGCGCUGAUCUCGUACAAUGGAUUCCCAAGCACGGCUCUUCGCGACAAGUUAUUUGCGUAUGAUUUCGGCAGCGCUACGAUUGCGUUCAAGGACGCAACCUUCCAGUCCAACCUCGACAAGGCAAAGGGAGAUUUCGUCUCGGGCUUUGAUACCGGUGUAGAUGACGGGUCUCCCGGGACACCGUAGACGGACUGGAUUGGCUAGGAAGAUAGGGUUACAGAUGAUAUAUUCUUGUAAAUACGUAAAUAAACAAAUACAAAUUCAUGAAAUCAGUCAAUAUGGUGUGUUUGUCCUCAUUAGUCCUGCUGCCGCACUCGGUCUACGGUAGCAGGGUGGAUUGGACCGGCUGUCUAGGCCUUGGUUCAUUCUCCCACACGAACGAUAAUAAAGAAGUUGACGCUCUUGCGCAUUGAGAGUCGCAGGAGGUAGGCAAUUUGUGGGUUUCGACAAUUGGGUCGUUGUCAAGAUGAGAAAAAAGAGAAGAGAGGUGGGACGGGAAUAAUACUACGCAUAGAUAGAACGCCUUCCGAGGUGGAUUCUAUGAUAGUAGUAUUUACUAUACC